UCACUGUCUCAGCUCAGAGCCCCCCGGGACAGAGGUUGUUGGGGGCUUAGGGGAGUCAUGAGUCAGAACAAGUGUCCCUUGGCUGAUGGGGAGGUUGGUAGUUGGGCCGGUCGGACUAAGCGGGGCCCCGGGAGGCAGAAAGGAAGUUCUCAUUUAUGCAAUAGAAUUGGGUUCUGGGCCUGAGAGACGGAAAGAGAAACUCCCACAGAGCUGAGACAGUCGAGGUGCAUAAAAGCAGCGAGAGAGCGUUCAGCGCAGUCACUUCCUCUCACUCCUACAGGUAGUGGCCCCGCCGGUGGGGCCCGGACAUGAGAAACCAUGCAGCUGGGGCCCCCCGGUCUGCUCUGCACCCUCCUGCAUCUGCUACUUCUCUCAGGUUACGGCCGGGGGUCGCACUUUGUUCCUGGGGAGACGGUGACACUGAACUGCUCAGAGAGAAUCCCUAUAGGUCCCAUAAGGCAGAUUACCUGGAGCAAAGAGAACGGAUCCCACAAACUGAGUUUCAUGUUCCUGAACCAGUCUGCAAACAGCACUGUCUGGCGUGGGUCCAGUGAUGCCAGCCUACUGACCCAUUAUGUAUAUAGUAACUUUACCGACCCCAGAAUAUUGUUCCUAAGCCCAGAGAUGCCACUGACCCUACAGAUCCGCAGCGCUCAGCCCUCCGACUCCGGCAAUUACACCUGUGAAGUCAUCAGCAGCAGAGGAGGGGUUAAUUCUACAUGUUGGGAAGUGCAAGUAUCAGAAAGCUGGAGCAAAGGCAUAACAGAUAGUUCUACCGUAUACAUAUCACUGGGCUGUGCCGCUUGCUGCGCGGCUGUGCUGCUCAUUCUGCUGUGGCUUUUCUGCUGGAAGAGACGCCGCUCCUACAAUGAGACCCCCAGGGCGAUUCCACAGAGCUUUCCAGAACCUGUUGAAAAUCCAGUGAUUGUCUAUGAGAACCCAGAAGAAUGUUAUUACAACAGAUUUAAUUCACUUUAUGAUGGGCUUCCCAGCUCCAGAUGACGACCCAAUGAAGACCUGCAAAUAAUCUCAUGUUCAUAGUCUCAUGGGACGGAAGAAAUGAGCCUCUAGUCCUGUCUCUGACCAUAGUGCAAGGUAUCAACAAUAUCCAACCGCUGGAAGGAAAUACUGUAAACAGGUCAAGUGUUGAGGGACCAAUUUCCAGGACCAUUUCAUUGGGUCACAUGAAGUUCUUUAGAUAUGGAGCCCAUACCUUCACAGCGGCCGUAAUGCAAUCUCCUGUACAGGGUGAGGCACCAUCUUGCCAUUUAGGAAACAGACAAUAAUCAUGCUGAUUGGUCAGUGUGGGGUUUCUCUCUGAUUGGCUGUUAUACCCAUCCAUGAUAUACAUAAGCUUUUAUCAAUGCUUUCCCAGACCAGCUGCUACUUGGCAACACAGAUGGUGGGUGGCAUAUAGAUUGUCAACUGAAUUCCUUAGUUCCAAAGAAUUUGUAAUCCGUACAAACAUGAUGAUUCGGCAGUUACAUGCGCUCCGACGGGGCAACAAUCCAGUGCACUUUAUAACUGAUUUAUCAUAUUCUACAAACCGGAUUCCAAAAAAGUUG